ACGGUGUUCUUUCCCCCUAAACGGGGUUGGGUUAUAUACCGAAAUUGCAGUGCAUGUUGGGAAACUGGGGUUUUUGCUGCUUUUUCCUCUCUGGGGCGUCUGGGUUGAGGCUACAUCUGCAGAGAUGGAUGUCUUUCUAAUGAUCCGACAUCACAAGACAACUAUCUUCACAGAUGCCAAGGAGUCCAGUACAGUGUAUGAGCUGAAAAGAAUUGUGGAGGGAAUUCUUAAGAGACCGCCAGAAGAACAGAGAUUAUACAAGGAUGAUCAGCUGCUGGAUGAUAGCAAAACUCUUGGCGACUGCGGCUUCACCAGUCAGACAGCGCGGCCCCAGGCCCCAGCAACAGUCGGCUUGGCCUUCAGAGUCAGUGAAGAUGCCUUUGAGAACCUUCGCAUUGAUCCCUUCUCCAGCCCCCCAGAGCUCCCAGACGUGAUGAAGCCUCAGGACUCUGUCAGCAGUGCUGAGCAAGCAGUGCAGUGAAAGACCAAGGCUAGUGGAGUUUGCUGCACAAGCCAUGGUAUCCUUGAACCCUUUUCCCCUAGCCUCAUCUGACAUGGAAAAAGAUAUGGUGUCAUCCCUUGUCUCUGAUCCUGGUUUCCCUUUUAGCCUUCCUCCUCUAAGCAAGACUACAUGUCACCCUUCUAAGCCCAACCUCACUCAUCUGACAAAGCUGUUUUCACUUUGGUUUUGAAAAUAAUAAAAGGUGAGCUGUU